AUGAUUUUCAACUUGAUUUUAACUAUUUCAUUUCUGUUUGUGAUCAAGAACAGAUAUAAUAGUGAUCAAAUCAUCACAAGGAUUGGCACCAACUGCCAACUCAACCAGGUACCGUUUCCAGCUGUUAGUAUUUGUAACUUAAAUAUGGUUUCAAAGAGAGAAAGCAUGUCUUCUAUCUUUCAAAUCCUUGAGAACAAUAAUGUCACCAAAAAUCAAAUAUGGAAUUUUCUUCAGAACCUCCCCAAUUUAAAGGAUUACAGCGAGUCUGUAAGGAAUGUGAGUGACUUGACUAAGAUUUUAUCAAUUAUGAAGAAACAUUAUUUUACAGUGGAAUCUCUGAUGGAGGAGGUUCAUCAGAAAUGUGAUAAGUUGCUUUUGUAUUGCGAAUUCAAUAGAAAAGCCAAGAACUGCGGUGAUAUUUUUAAGCUUAUAAAAACGUACGAAGGACAUUGCUGUGCGUUUAAUUAUGCAGCGCUUAAUGACGAUAGUGAAACCGCUGACCUUGCAAAAGACGAUGACAUUGAAUAUUUUGACGAUCCAAGCGGAGAAGACGUGAAAACGAAUGCGCGUAUUUUAGUGAAUUCUGAAUCGGGCAGAGGAUCUGGCCUUAGCGUUAUAAUCAACGUAGAGCCCUUUGAUUACCCAAACUGGUCAUCUUUACCAUAUUUUGGUGCAAAGAUUUUACUCAGCGAUCCCAACGACUACCCAGAGACAACGGUUUUGUACAAGUUUGUGACCCUCGGUGAAUCUUUGGACAUAAAAGUGGAGCCAAUGGUGUUUUUGUGUGAAAAUAACAUUCGCCAGGUUUCGCCAGACAAGCGAAACUGCUGGUUCCACGACGAGGUGUUACUUGAAUACACCGACAGAUACAGUUAUGAGACGUGCAAGACAGAAUGCAAAAUGCAAAAUUUUCUCCGGAAUUGCGGGUGCGUCCCGUACAAAUAUCCUAUCGAGAUAUCAACACCAAUUUGUGAGUUUGAAAAUUUGGAAUGCUUAAACAAUGUAACUGCCUACAAGUCAGAAGAGGACAGAGCCUGCGAUCCUGUGUGUUACAUGGAAUGCUGGGAUAAAAGAUAUAGCAUCACCAGUGACCUGACCCCAUUGAUACCAGAGCUAUUUCCUGCAAAUGUCACAAAAGAUCACAACGCCGGUGAUCUAUGUGCAUUGCAAGUGUAUUUUGCAAAGUCAUCCUGCAACAGCUACAAAUUGAUGCUCUUGAUUGAUUUUAACUAUUUCAUCGCAACCUACGGAGAAUGGGCGCCGAAAGCCGACAUUUUAUUUGAUACCAUUUUUUGUCGCUUAGAAUUCUCCCAUGCUGAAGCGUUUUAUAGGGCUGUGGCCAAUGGCAAAAGGGAAAGUCUAUACGCUGGCGGUGGAGAGUACACACACGGUCUGUUACUUCAUACCAAUGCAACUGGAAUGUUCGGCGGCCGCGGCGCCGCCGUCAAGCGCGACCCCAUUCCGCCCGGAUUGGCAGCGGAGCAGAGCGUGCCGCAACCGGCUCGGGGGUGCAACGCGCGUAAAAAUACGUUGAAAGCAUUUAAAAGCGCCCGCGGAAGUUUU